UCACAACUUCUCUAUGUGUAGCUAGAGUAGGCAGGUAUCACACAUAUGUGGCUGCGAAACGAGCACCUGCGAUCGCGAAAGCCACAGGAACCACACCUUCUGUUCCUGAAUUAUGUGAUUUAGUUUCGCCUCUGAUCUAACUUGCUUUCCAACCCUCCUAUCCUCCACCUGAGCAUCGACUACCUCCCGUACUGCACAUAAGUUGAGCCCAACUCCAGUCACUAUACUCGCCAUCUUUAGCAAUCAGAACAACACGAAUCCUUUCAAGCAGCUUUGAUCAUUCAGGCUGAACCAUGGACUCAGUCCUGCAGAACAGAACCGCCUAUCUCGACGAGCCUGGGGCACCACUGGUGGUUCGAGAUGCUCCCUUCCCAGAACCCGGACCCGGAGAGAUCGAGGUCCGCAAUGCUGCCAUUGCUAUCAACCCUGUUGACUGGCACAUGACAGACAGCGGCAUUUUAUUAAGCACUGGCCUGCUCUGGUCGGCUGCGACCGGUCGCCCCCAAUUUGGCGCUUUCCAGCUGUAUAUCGUCGUUUCAAUAUAUAAGGCGGCUCAGCUCCCUCUCUCUAUUCCGUUUACCGAAGACAUCGUGCUCCCGCUUGCACUUGAGACGGUCAUCCAUUUAUACCCAGUACUAACAUUCUCUUAUCCCUUCUUGAAGGAUGCGGUGAAAUAUUCGGCAGGAAAGACAAUCGUUGUCUACGGCGGCUCUUCCUCUGUCAGUUCUGUCACCACUCAGCUCGCUGAAACGUCUGGACUUCACGUCAUCACCAUCGUUGGCGCGAGGAACUCUGGUAUGUCGAAGGAAAGUGGAGCAGCCGAGUGCUUCGAUCACAAAGACUCACCCUUGGUCAAGCUAGUCGAAGCGGUACGUGAUUUGGGGGGCGAGCUCGUCGGUAUAGUGGAAGCCAUCUCGAUCCCCGAGACUAUCACAAUCGAUCUGAAAAUACUUGAAAACCUCGGUAGAGAUCACCUCGCGCUUAAUCGUCCCCACAUGGGUGAAAAUAUGGUGCCGGACAACGUGGAGAUUGGCAUGGUGCGAUCUGGCGGUGUCAACGAGAUUACGGAUUCCGUGUGGCGAACAUACGUCGGGGCUGCCUUGAAGUUUGGCAAACUCAAAUGCUUGCCGCCACCUACCAUCGUUGGCAAGGGCCUGGAAGUAAUCCAAAAGACACCCGGCCUAUUGGAACAAGAUGUGAGUGCGACGAAGCUGGUUGUGGAGUUCGAGCAGUCAAGCUGAGUGGCAAGGCUCGAGCAUAGACCAUUCACCACAGGCUGAUAAUCUUUAGUGCGCUGACCAAUACCACAGCGUCAUCCCAAAGAUUGGUUACUGCACUAUAGUGUUCUCUGGUCAAAUUUCAUCUUCUGACAGAAAUUACGGUAAAGCUGUCGUAAGGUCCAGUCAUCGCUCGGAAGCAAGAACGGGUUCUCAGCAGCGAGCGUGCCGCUUUUCGAUGGAACUCCUGUCCUCAACUUCCAUUCUGCAAUGUAACGUCUGCGUCUCGCUCGGUGAAAAGAGUAGCCCAGUUUUUUUCAAUCGACAGCUGCACAGGCAACAACCGAGCUUCGCGCAGUAGAGAAGUGCCAUGACAAGGAGUGGGAUGGAUGAACUCGGCGUCGCCUGCAUUUCGACGCUCUGACUAUUGCAGUCAAAGGAUCCGGCG